UUGUGACAUAAAAUACAUUUUUGGGUCCCCCCAAAAUCCGAUAUUGUGGCUUUAUAUAUGAUCAUCAUAAGCUACUUGCAUGUGUCUUUAUAUUAUUAACAUUUUUCCAAAAUCCAUAUAGAAUAUUUUAUAGAUUUUUUUUGUAAUUGGGUCAAAUUCCUAAAAAAAAAAAAAAAGGUUCCCAUGGCCAAACCAGUUGAGAACCACUGUAUUAAUGCAUGCUUCACAUGCUUCACGCUUCACAUGACAAAUUAUAAAUUGUAAUUUUUAAUUGUUCUUUAUCAAAGCAUCACAAAUAUUAACAGUUGUUGUUGUUUAAUAAUUAACCCUGCUGUCCUGCAUUUCCCCAUACUAAACAGUUAAUCAUCACUGAGGUCAUGUUCAGUCAAACAAAAAGUGUUUGGAAAAGGUUUAGACAUUGCUUGAUGCUUCUUGUAAACAGUCUUCUCAUCCCUUUACGAUGACUUUUUUUAUUGUGUCAAUCAAAAGAGGAAUAUUUAUAACUUGCGUUUUAUUGCUUUGUAUCUAUCAAGGAACUUCUGAGCCGUUGUUCAUGGUGACAUUUCCAGGCAUUAUAAGAUCAGGCUCAGAGGCUAAACUAUGUGUGAGCCUUCUAAAACCAGAAGAAGAUCUACAGCUGACCAUUUCUCUAGUUGGCAAUAACCAGAACAGAACCCUUCUACAUGAGAGAACUGAGAAAGAAUUCCACCGAUGCCUUGACUUUCAGGCUCCUGAAUCUAAUUCAGUGCAAGUGAUCCAAGCGGAAGUUCAAGGGAAAAAAACUCAUCUGAUUGAAAAAAGAAAAGUCAAAUUUGUAUCACAUAAUCCAUUGACAAUAAUUCGAACAGAUAAACAAAUAUACAAUCCUGGACAAACAGUCCAUUUCAGGAUUUUCACAAUGGACCAAAACUUAAAACCAGUUGAUGAAACAUACAAACUCAUAGCAGUGCAGGACAAUCGAAGAAACAGAAUCAAUCAAUGGAUUAAUGCUACAUCCACCCAUGGCAAGAUUGUGCAACUUUCUCAUGCGCUGAAUCCAGAGGCAUCUGUUGGUUUAUAUGAGCUGUCUGUUGAGACCAGCAAAACAACAUUUAAAGAAUAUUUUCAGGUUAAAGAGUAUGUUCUACCGAAAUUCGAAGUGAUAUUAGAAAAGGCAAAGACAGUGAAAGCGAAUAAACAAGAAGUAAACCUGCGAGUAUGUGGGAGAUACACCCAUGGACGGCCUGUUGAGGGUAGUGUGAAGAUGGGACUCUGCAGUCCCUUGACAAUGAGUUACUCCUAUUACUAUAACCCUCAGUAUAGGACUCCACUCUGUGUUAAUAGUUCAGCAAUACUGAAUGAGACCGGGUGUGUCUCUCAGAAGUUCCCCAUGUCAGUCUUUGUCCGAAAAUCAGAAAAUUAUAUGUCUAACAUGCCACAGUUUCUUGAGUUCACUGCAUCAGUAACUGAGGAGGGGACAGACAUCUCAAUGGAAAGGACUGAAAAAGUGUUUUUGUCCUAUAAUAUUGGUAGCUUAAAAUUUAUUGACCUGCCAGAGUUCUUUGAGGAUGGAUCAGUCAUACAGGCAAAGGUUAAAGUUGAGUUCUCCGAUGGGACCCCAGUUUCUAACUUUAAGAUUGUUGUUCAUCACAACUUUAAUCGCAUCGACUUCACACCUCAAGAACUUAUCACAGACAUCAGUGGCAUGGCCAAUUUCACCAUUGAUACAUCCCUUGCAAAUAGUGCACCUUUUUCUGUAUCGGUGAGCUUUUUAUAUAUAUGCCUUGGUUUUCCAUUUAAUUUUGAAUCUGUGCACAAAACUCUGCAAAUAAAACCCAAAGAAAGCCCAACAAAAAUGAGUCAACUGGCUAUAAAGGAUCUAAAGGAACCUCUGAAGUGUGAUAUGGAGAUUCCAGUAACCGUUCAGUACACUAUUGCUGGAGAGACUGUUGAAAGUGGUUAUGUUACCAUAGUCUACCUGGUUUUAUCCAGAGAAAAGAUAGUCCACCAUGGGUAUGAGAAUGUUGAAGUAAAAGGUGCUGAUGGAGUGGUGGAGGGAGAAGUGAUGUUCAAAGUCCUUGUUCGCACCAAGAUGGCUCCUAAGAUGGAGUUUCUUGCAUACUGUGUGCCGCCCAGUGAGAAUGUACUAGCUGUUUCCAGAACAUUUCAAAUUGAGAAAUGUCUUGAAAACAAGGUGUCUCUGCAGUUUUCUCCUACUACGGCUGUUCCAGGUGAAGAAAACACUCUUCAGCUCUCAGCUCUGCCUGGUUCAUUGUGUGGCCUCAGUGCUGUAGAUCAGAGCGUCCUGAUCCUGGAGGAAAAUAAACGCCUGGACUUUGACAAAGUUUUCAGCAUGUUGCCAGACAGUGUUUUUUCAUUUGACAUUGAAGAUCAAGAGGAAUGCUUUAAUAUCAGAUCCAUAAGAAGUCCUCAGUCUCUUGGACCAAGUAUACAGUCCUAUCCUCUCCCUUACCCUUCACAGAGUAAAGCAGAUGCUGUCUAUAAGGUUUUCCGGAACAUGGGAUUGAAGGUGGCAACAAAUUUGAUUAUUAAAAUGCCAUCUUGUAUUAAAUUCAGAGAUGUAUUUUAUCUUAGAGUGGAUGGUGGAGGAUAUGGUCCCAUUGGUUUACACCCAGGGAUGAGUGUUUUACCUGGAUAUGGAUAUUCAGCUAGAUCUGAAGUUGGAGGUCUGGGUCCAAUAGGUCCACUGGGUAAAAUAUUGGAAGGAUUUGGAGGAGCUGGAGGAAUUCCUGGAGGAGUUCCGGGACAAGCUGAAGGAAUUCCGGGACCAGCUUUUAGCAUCAUGAGAGUUCAGGGAUUUGGUCAAGUGGGACUUGAAGCAGCCCCAGGAAUUCAAAACACACCUCUCUUACCCGUAGAAACAAUUCGCACAUUCUUCCCAGAAACUUGGAUUUGGGAACUUGUUGAAGUUGGGGACUCUGGAUCAGCUCAGGUUCCUGUCACGGUUCCUGACACCAUCACCUCUUGGGAGACGGAGGCCUUCUGUCUGUCCUCUGAAGGUCUGGGUGUGGCACCUCCUGCUCAGCUGACAGUUUUCCAGCCCUUCUUCCUGGAGCUCUCUCUGCCUUACUCCAUCAUCCGUGGGGAGAUCUUUGAGCUGAAGGCCACUGUCUUCAACUAUCUGUCCAAGUGCAUCAUGGUUAAAGUGACUCCAGCUCCUUCCUCAGACUACACUCUCAAAGCCUCCUCUGAUGAUCAGUAUUCAUCCUGUCUAUGUGCUAAUGGAGGAAAAACCUUUAAAUGGAUCCUCACUCCUUCUGUUCUUGGAGUCUUGAAUAUUACAGUCAGUGCAGAGGCAGAGGCGUCCCAGACUGUGUGUGACAAUGAGAUUGUGAGCGUCCCAGAGAGAGGACGCAUUGACACAGUCACACAAAGCUUGCGUGUAAAUGCUGAAGGAAUCGAAAAAACUAACAGCCACAACUGGCUGCUUUGCCCCAAAGGGCAAAACCUUUCAGAGGAAGUAGAGCUGGCGUUUCCCAAAAAUAUGAUAGAGGGAUCAGCAAGAUCUACUGUUUCAGUGCUUGGAGACAUAUUGGGUCGUGCACUGAAGAACCUUGAUGGAUUAUUACGGAUGCCGUACGGCUGUGGAGAACAAAACAUGGCUGUUCUUUCUCCCAAUAUUUACAUUCUGCAGUAUCUGGAGAACACGGAGCAGCUCACCUCAGCCAUCCGAGAGAGAGCCACCGGCUUCCUGAAGAGCGGAUAUCAGAGGCAACUCAACUAUGAAAGCUCGGAUGGAUCAUAUUCUACAUUUGGCCAAGGAGAAGGAAAUACAUGGCUGACCGCGUUUGUGCUGAGGACAUUUGGGAAAGCACAGAAGUACAUCUUUAUUGACCCCCAAAAAAUUCAGAAAUCAAAGCAAUGGCUGGUACAACACCAAAGACCAGAUGGUUGUUAUGAGAGCAAGGGAAAACUCUUAAAUAACAGAAUGAAGGGAGGUGUAAGUGACAGUGUGACCAUCACUGCCUAUAUUACUGCAUCACUACUUGAGCUGAACACAUCGGUUACGGAUCCUGCUGUGAGCAAAGGUUUGUCAUGCUUGAGGUCCGUCAUUAAGGAUGUCAAAAACAUUUACACCACUGCUCUGCUCGCCUACACUUUCAGUCUGGCUAGAGACACGGACACUCGACAGCAGCUUUUCAUUAAACUGGGGGAGGUUGCUAUUUCAAAUGGGUCUCUUCUCCACUGGUCUCAGUCUGCAUCUGCUGAUGACUCUGAUUCUCUGGCAGUGGAGAUCAGCUCAUAUGCGCUGCUAGCUGUUCUCACUGCAGAUUCAGUCACUACAGCUGAUCUGGGCUAUGCUAACAGGAUUGUCAGCUGGCUUGUGAAGCAGCAGAAUGCCUAUGGAGGAUUCUCCUCCACACAGGACACAGUGGUGGCUCUUCAGGCUCUGUCUUUGUACGCCACCAAAGUGUUCAGCUCUGACGGCUCCAGCACAGUGACUGUACAGUCAGCAGGAGACUCUCACCACUUUGAGGUCAAUCAGGACAACAAGUUACUGUACCAGGAGAAGCAGCUGCAGAACGUUCCAGCCAAAUACAGCAUUGAAGUGAAGGGCUCGACCUGUGUGUCUGUGCAGAUGUCUCUUUUCUACAAUAUCCCCACUCCCAUGGAAUAUAAUACAUUAUUCGUCGUUGCUAGGACAAUAGGAGAAUGUAAUAAAAUGACUGGACAAAUUUUGGAUGUUGUAAUAAGCAUUGUAUAUACCGGGACACAAGUGAGUUCAAACAUGGUCAUUGUAGAUAUGAAACUCUUGUCAGGUUUCCAAGUAGAACCCUCUUCCCUGGACAAGUUAAAGAAAGCAGUACAUCGUGUUGAAUCCAAAGACGACCAUGUCAUCAUGUAUCUACAAGAGGUUCAAAAGAACAUUGGCUUCCGCCAAACACUAAGUAUUAAACAGAUCUUCUCAGUUAAAAACCUUAAACCAGCGGUUGUAAAAGUCUAUGACUACUACCAGACAAGUGAUCGGUUUGAAACAGAGUAUUUAAAUCACUGUGCUUGAGGAGUGAUGCUGCAGAAGAAGCAACAGAUGUCAUCAUCACACAUAUUUAACAUAUAACUGUGCUAAUUAUGAAGCUGUAAGCUUUCAUUUUAUAUGCUGCCAUGUAUUUUAUACACCUUUAGGUCUUUUCAUUUGUGUUUUAUCAGUAAAUGCACAUUGAGACUGAGGUGUAGGUAGGCUAAGCUUUUGCUCGCAUAUAGGCUUGAUCAUUUUAGAGAAAUAUUAUCCUUGUUUGUUGUUAGCAUGCAAUAACACUGUAUCUUUAUGGCAAAUAUAAAUGCUUUGUGAAAAGAGCAAAUAAAAUAAUUAUUGUGAAAUGUCCAGAAAAA